AUGGCUAGCUUAAAAAUUAGCAGUUUCAUUUCCACUGUAGCAGUUUCAUCCGCGGUGUUAUUUAUUAUCGUAUUACUUCAAAAUUGUAAAGUAGUACACUCAUUCAACGUAGCGACUCACGAAAGCGGUCUCCGAUUUUUUCUCUCAUCAGUUGCUCGACCAAACGAAAUUAACAAGAUUCCGAGUCUACCUGAGGACGAACCUCCUACAUUUUUCGGAUAUAAUAUACUUUUCCAUCGAGCUCGGUUUGGUGGAGGUGUAAACUUGAUUACCGGUUCACCCAAACGUAUGAAUCCAGCGAAUCCUCGUUCGCAACAUUUAGGACCAGAAAGAUAUAACUCUUCAAAAACACAAGGAAGUAUGAACGCAUGUGUUAUCCCGAGAUCCGUUUUUGUCAGAGAAGAUUCUCACAGGAUGUGCCAGGAGUUACAUCCGGAAAAUACAGAACCCGGUGAUGGGGUUGGCUUGUCAUUUGCUAUCAACAGACAAGGUCAUACAGUGACUUGUCCGUAUCCUCGACCGAAGGAUUGCGAUACCAGUCGCUACAAUCCAGGUUUCUGCUUCUUAGGCUCAAGAGGCGGGAAACGAUGGUCAGGAAUACAACAGAACGUCAAUUUUGAUUGCCCUGUCAAUGGACUUGAUAUUGUCUUUGUUCUUGAUGGAUCACAAUCUAUCGGCGGGGAGAACUUUGAAAAAGUGAAAGAAUGGGUUUUGCAAGUCAUUGAACGAUUUAACAUUGAUACUGGUGCAAAUAGAGUUGGUGUUAUACAAUACUCUCACUUUUAUGAAGGAUGGGGACUGGACGAUCAACCUUUCAUUAAGACUGAAAUUGCACUUGGAGAAGUUCGGAAAUUUGAGCAAUUACGACAACACCUAACUGAAGUUUCGUUACAAAACUAUACAACGUAUACAGCUCAUGCUUUGAAUAAGACAGUUAUGGAUUUCGAAGAUUCUGGAAGACUUUUUGAUCCUUCAACGAAACAAGUAUUGAUUCUUCUGACUGAUGGAAUAUCAACAGACAAGGAAUAUCUACCAUAUUCAGCAAAGUACGUUCGUUCAUUUGGAAUACAAACGUACGCAGUUGGUGUAGCAGAUGCCGUACAAAGUGAACUGAGGACCAUUGCUACCGGUAACGUAAUGAGCAACGAACGUGUAUAUCAAGUUGGAGAUUUUAGCGAUUUAGCUGAUAUUGUUGAACGAUUGCAGGGAGACAUCAUUGAAAAUGCGCUGGAAGGUAAUUAA